UAAUCAUGGUGAUUUAGAAACUAACCCUAGUGAUGAGAAUUAUGGUCAUUUCUCAUCCAUUGAAGUUGUUCAUGAUGCUCUUCAUGAUGCGAUUGGUGGAGCUGGUGGUCAUAUGUCGUAUCCUGAUAUCGCUGGUUUUGACCCCAUUUUCUAUCUUCAUCAUAGUAAUGUGGAUCGAUUAAUUGCUAUUUGGCAGGCAUGUCAUCCUAAUGCUUGGAUCAUUGGAAAUAAUUAUACUGAAGGUACCUUCACUGAUGAAGCCAAUAAACCUAUCGAUGAAAACACUGAACUUACACCAUUCCGUAAAAGUGAAGAUACUUAUUGGACUUCAAAAGAUGUAAGAGAUAUUAAAACUCUUGGAUAUACUUAUCCUGAACUUGAAACAACUCCAAAACCUAGUGACCUUUUGAGUA